AUGUCCAACGACGAUGUCCCCUACUACCUCUUGAGACCAAACAUGCCUCCUAGGCUCAGCGAGGAGACUGAACAGCCCCGACCACAACUACAACUAACACCACUACAGCCAACAUUCCCCUCCCCCUCCCCCUCCCCCUCCUACGGGAAAAUUUGUAAUCACAGUCCGGGAGAAUGCAGAGCCUUCUACGGCACGAACGCCUCCGGCGGCUUCGACAAUGAUCCAUAUGUAGCUUUCUACACCACUGAGGUUCGCCUGCCAUACUAUUCUGAAGCCGGGAGAGCACAGAGGAGGAUUGAAGAUGCUGAAGAGGUUGAGGAUGCGGAAAAGGCUGAAGAAGCUGAGGAGGCUGAGCAGGACGAGGAUGUAGCUGGUGACGAUGACGAUGAUGAUGACGAUGAGAGCGAUAGUGGGACGCAAGAUACAGACAAUGGAUCUGUGAGUCCAACUGAUACUCCAUCGGUCGAAGAUUACUCUGGGUAUUACGCGCAGGCUGGACGGGUUGUUCAUGCAGAGGCAGGGGUGGAGUGGACGCCUGAGGGCUACUUUCGAACAGGGUAUUUGUCUGCGCCCCGGGAGUUUCAGGGAGUGGUGUAUCUGGAUGAGCUGGUGCCGUGGGUGGAAGAUUAUGGUGUUUGGGAGGGCGAUGUAGUGGAUAUGCCGACCCACGGGAGUGUGCGUACCAACACCGCCGGUCCAGGUUUGUACGGCCCAAACAACCCGCCGCCUCCUCCCGCGAGUCCGCCGCCGCAGGUUCAUCGGAGCCAGCGCCCACCUGAAGAUUCCUCAGGCCAGUCAAAGAAGAACAGGCAUCGCCCAUCGAAGUCCCAACGAAUGCGUACUUAUAACCAGGGUGAAGCUGCGUGGAUCAGCGAUAAACGUGAUCGCAGCCGUUCACCUGACCGCAACUAUCAACGUCCUGACCAUCAUCGCUAUCGAGAGCGAUCUCCGAUCCAGCGUGAUCGCCCAGCUCAUUCUGAGCAUGUGAAGCUCUCGAACAACGACCCAGAGCCAGUCGUCGAUGCAAGUGGUGUACGGUGCUAUGCGUGUAACGGACGGGAAGAGGCGUCAGAUCGUGCCCAGGACCGUCGUAGUCGCUCCCAGUUGCGCAGCGUCGAGCCUAGGCGGAGUAACGAAGAGAGGCAUUGGUCGCCCGAGGAGGAGAUCAAUGCUGUUUCUCAAUACAGACCUGCUGAAAUGAACGGCUGUUCCCACUACAGAAACGGUUCAAUGUAUGGGACUGAGCAUGAAACCAGACCCUUCCACGACGUGUAUAGGCCUACACAAGACCGCCCUCAGAUGUCGCGUACGGGCUACGAUGACUACCAAGAGAUCGAUUGGAACCGAAGAGUUUCAAGCUCAGACCCGAAGAGCAUGUCGCGCCACGAGCAUCCAAGCCGACUUCCAGCGACACAAAAGCCUCACGCCGUCGGCCACGGCUACAAAACUCAGCCUGAGUCACAGAAGGCACAAAAGUUGGGCCUGCCGCAUCUUGUUGCAGCAAAGGAUAUCCAGACGCCACCCACGGUAUAUGAUCUUCGUGUGUACGACACCCGCAUCAGCGAGACGUACUCAAAACUUCCAAAAGGAGAACGAUUCGAGAAUGGCAUCAACGGAAAGGUUGCCCCUUCCAUCUAUGGAUCAAUGUCGUGCCAUGACCUGGGUCUCUGCUUCGCGACAUUUCUUACGCGGAAGUCCUGCGAGAUGGGUCUUGGAUGUCCUUGGCGCCACCACCCGCUCUCCAUAGCCGAGAAAAUCUGGAUUAUCGAGUACGGAAAGACACGUGGAAAGGAGUUCUUGGGGAACGUGGAGAGGUGUUAUACGACCCCCCAAAUGCCUGUCCCUGGUGCGAACAUGCACCACGUGGCUGAAAAGUAA